GGUUGCCAUAACAAUGACUAUUACACCUUUAAUUUAACACUAGUCUAAUUGAUUUUUGAAAUUCAACUACAUUUACACUUUCAUCUGUUUGUGUUGUGUGUGUUUGAAUAUUAUUUCAAGAUGCCACCCAAGACUAACACCAAAGGAAAGGGCAAGAACCAGAAAAAGGACAAUGGGCCUAAUGAGGACAUGCCCAAAGCUCAGGGAGACAAGACUGAGGACGGUGUUGUGGACGCACCUGGAAAGUCACCAGCGGUGGUGGCCAAGCAUUCAGCACCAGAGAAGACAAAGGAUGAGCUGUGGGAUGAAUAUUUAAGGCUCCAAAAGGAGCUUGAGAGUGUGCAGAGGCAGAAGAAGCACUUUCAUAUUGAAACAAACAAAGCUCAAAGAUUCUGCGAAAACUCCAAGAGAAACCUGGAGGUGGCAAAGGGGAGGAUGAGAGAAACGCUCAAGUUGAAACAGGAGGCUAAGAAACAACACCAAGCUGAAAUAGAGGAGCAAGAGCUAAAGCUCAAACAGUUGAAGACUGCGCAACAAAAUGAGCUUUCUGAACUAAAGAUGGCUGCCAGCGCCACAGCCUCUACGAUCCACGAAGAGCUUAGGGAGCCAGAGGUGGAGCUUCAGAUGAAAAAGCACUGUCUACAGCUAGACCAGAAAGAGAAAGGGUCUCGUGCCAGAGUCAACAUUAGAAUGCUCCAGCAGAAACAGCAGGAUGAAUUGGCGGGCUUGUAUAUGAGUUUUGAAAAGCAAGUUAAAGAAGUCGACGCACAAUAUUUGAACAAAAGAUAUUCAAUGGUAAAGGAGAACGAGAAAAGAACAAAAGCUGAAAUCACUGAGACUAGGGAGGAGAUGGAACGACGCACCACAAAUACUGUAUUAGACCAUGAGACGGCUUGGCUGUUUUUCGACAAUGUGAACAAAAAUAUCUUAGACGCACAGGACUUACCCAAAAAGAAGACCUUAGAGAAUGAACUUGAAGCUCUGAAGAUGAGACAGGAUAAUCUGACAAGGAAGCUGGCAGCAGCAGUAGAGAAGAGAGGACGUCUGACUGGGACUCUACAGGAAAUGGAGGAAAAGCUGUCAGAGAACCGGCAGCAGCUAGCUGCCCAGAGAAAAGCCAUGGCCAAGAGUUGGAAGAAGACCAAAAAGAAAUCUGCACGUGUACUCGAGGAGAGACGCGACCUGUAUUUGAAGCAUCAUCAGUUGGAGCUGAGACAUGAACAGAUUCAGAAUAAGUUUGACGAGAUGCAGAAGAGGCAGACCGAGGCCAUUCUAAACAUACAGCAGAGAGGCAGCCUGAAGUCUAUGUUUGCUGAGGACAAGAUAAGGGCCAUGACGGAAACGUUUGAGAAGGAGCAGCUUAAACUCUGGGUGGCGCUCACUGUUGGACAGGGAGACCAGACGGCUUUAAAAAACAUUAAGGAACUAUUUCAAUCCAAAGAUGCCAUCAUUAAGGAUUUGGAGAAUAACUUGUUAGGAGAUUUAAAGGACUUCAAACACUUGAUUAAGGAAGCGGAGGAUAUGGGAAUCUCCACAGAGAAGUGGCUCCCAAUCUGUAACAUGGACAAGGCUCCUGUUGGUCCCAUGAACAUUGCUGAUCUAACGCAAAAAAUGAUGUCGCUGUCUAUCUCUGAAGACAAGCCUGACCAAACUCUGGGACCAAGCCAUGAUGCCGCCAGUCCAGACAGGGAGCAAUUACAGCAUCCAGGAGCUUCUUCUUGUCCUCAGACGUCCAAUGGAGAACCAUCCUCUGUGCUGCACCCUUAAAACAUCCGACACUUUGCAUCACUUUCACCGAGUGGAAUAGGAAAGGUGGAAUCUUCAAAAAAGCUUUCUCAGUUUAGUUGUGUGUAAAUAAACAUGUAUUCUCACUUUCA